UUCUUACGACUACGACCAUUGUAGACAGAACCGAGAAUCAUUGUAGCGGAGGCUUUAACCGUAGCGCGGGACGCGACCGAAAGCCGAAAGCUGUGGCACCAGCUGAUCGGCAGCCGCGGUUCUACGCGCGUCGAGAAAGACUAUGUUUUUGUGCACAAUCCGCCCGAGCCAUGUCGGAUGCCUUUGAGGAAAUACAAGCGAUCAAGAUAAAGAGAAACAGCUACCGUGAGAAACUACAGAAGAGGAAGCGCGAGAGGCAUGAAUUGUACACGCUCACUUCUACGCCGGCUUCAUCUACCCUGACGGCGGAGUCGGCGUGCCCUGAUUCUAAUGCGUCUUCACGCUCGGAUCACAGCGAAUACGAGCGAGACGUACUUUGUAUCCUGCACGAGUCCCUGCCUAGUCUGCCGAUUACGUCCGCAGACUUGAUAGACCAGCUGCGAAAGAAUCUCAAUGCCGACGUGUCCUCCUCGGACAUCCAUAAGAUCCUGGAGAAGCUAGCUGCGCAAGAUAUAGUUAAAGUCAAAGAAGUCACGGAAAAUGGAGUGUUUGGGUACACAGUGUUGUCGGUGACGGAAUCGCAAUCGUCGUGUCAGUCCCAGUCCGACGACACGGAGAAUACCGAGAGCGUAGAGAUGGCCAUGUCCGAAUUGAACGACCAUGUGCCUCCUGAGAAGCAGGCGAAGGUGGACAGGAAGAACACCGAGGAUAUCAUGUCCCUGAUCUCGAUGCCGACUAUCAGAGAGAAGGAGAGCAAGAAGGUUGGCGAGCAGAUCCUGGACUUGCUGUCGAAGCAGACCUCCAAGGAGAAAUCGCUGGCGGAACGAUUUCGCUCGCAGGGCGGUGCUCAAGUCAUGGAGUUCUGUCCGCAUGGCACAAAAGUGGACUGUGUUAAAUUGAACGGCGGACCGGCGUUCGCGGAGAAAUGCAAGAAGCUGCACUUUAAGAAGAUCAUACAGAGUCACACGGACGAAUCCUUGGGGGAUUGUAGUUUUCUCAAUACCUGCUUCCACAUGGACACGUGCAAAUAUGUUCACUACGAGGUGGACGGUCCUACGGCGCAACCGAAAGAGACCAACGACUCCGACAGUCCGAGCAACACCGCGUCCAAUAAGACGUUGAAUUUAGAUAGCAAAAACGGCAGCGGUGGCAGCAGCAACGUAGGCAGCGAAUUAACUCUGUAUCCGCCGCAGUGGAUCCAGUGUGACUUGCGUUACCUCGACAUGACUGUUCUCGGCAAGUUUGCCGUGAUCAUGGCCGACCCGCCGUGGGACAUUCACAUGGAGUUACCUUACGGUACCAUGUCGGACGAUGAAAUGAGGCAAUUGGGGAUCCCGGCGCUCCAGGACGAAGGACUCUUGUUCCUCUGGGUGACCGGCAGAGCCAUGGAGCUAGGGAGGGAAUGUCUGCAGCUGUGGGGCUAUGAGAGAGUCGACGAGAUCAUUUGGGUGAAAACCAAUCAACUGCAAAGGAUAAUACGCACUGGUCGGACGGGUCAUUGGCUGAACCACGGCAAGGAGCAUUGUCUCGUCGGCAUGAAGGGCAAUCCUCGUAUCAAUCGAGGAUUGGAUAGCGACGUGAUCGUCGCCGAGGUUCGUGCGACCAGCCACAAACCCGACGAGAUCUACGGUAUCAUCGAGCGCAUGAGCCCCGGCACCAGAAAGAUCGAAUUGUUCGGUCGGCCGCACAAUGUACAGCCCAACUGGAUUACGCUGGGCAACCAAGUGGACGGUGUUCAUCUGAUUGAUCCGCAACUUAUUAAAGCGUUCAAGAAACGUUAUCCUGACGGAAACUCGAUGAAGCCUACAAAGUCGUAAGAUUAUCAAUAAAGAAUUGAAUGGAGAAUAAUGAUCGAAUUGUCCAAGAAUUUCAAUGUUAAUGUUGAGAAGUUUUAAUCAAGUUUUUUUUAAAAAAAGAUGAACUAUAUCUCUUCUAAUUACAAUAUACAAUUUCAAUGUUAAUGUUGAGAAGUUUUAAUCAAGUUUUUUUUUAAAAAAGAUGAACUAUAUCUCUUCUAAUUACAAUAUACCAAAUUUAAUGGACCGACUUCCAGAUGUCUUUUUACAUUAUCAAGUACAAUGUUGGUGUUUACUAAUCUUCUCUUUUAUUUUUCAAAAAUUUAAUAAAUUGUGUCAAGAUCUAUUUAAAUAUCUUAUAGAUAUAUUUAAAUAUAACAUUCAUCGAUAUAAAUUCAAGUCACUAUAUUUCAUUAGUUUAUUGUAAAAAAAUUUGUAUAUAAAUUCCACUUACCAUUUAAAUAUAUAUGUUCAAUACAAAAUGAACGCAUAUAACUAUAAAUAUAAAAGACUGACUUCCCGUGAAUAUUUUGAGAUAGAUAUAACAUUUGUACAUAUAUAUAUUACAUUAUUUUUAGGCCAUGCUUUUUCCAGCAUGUAUGUAUACACGUACGUGUAAGUUGCUCUUCCUUAAUAAAGUUAAUUACCGAAAAACA